AUGGCUGAGUACAAGUUAGAAGUGACAACGGGUAAAGUGACAAAUGCAGGAACGCUUGACAAAAUAUACGUCACCUUAAUUGGAGCCAAACAGGAGAGUGCACGAACUGAAUUGGACAACUUUGGUUUAGAUUUUCAAAUUGGGAUGACAGGGAAGUACACUGUCAAAACCAGUUCGUCUCUAGGAAAACUUCUGCUGAUCAAGGUGGAGAAAGAUCCUUGCUUUCUUCUACCAGAAGAUGAAUGGUACUGCUCCAAAAUAGUGGUGACAACUCCAGAGGGAGAUGUCCUUCUCUUCCCCUGUUACCGAUGGAUCUCCAGAGGAGAACUGGUGGAUCUGAGAGGAGGAAGAGCCAUGAAGGUUUUUGAUGAUGACCAUAACCUGUUGACUGGCCAUCGGGAAAAAGAGCUGAAGCUUAAAAGGAACUUGUACCAAUGGGAGGUUACUGAUGAAAGACUACCACACAUGAGUCAUUUCAAAGAAAUAUCUGAGCUCCCAGCUGAAAUCAGCAUUUCUAUGUCCAAAAAAAUUGAAAUGCUUUUCAAAAAAAAACUAACUGGUGUUGAACUCAGGGUUAAUAAGCUGAUUGGCUCUGCUGAACAAUGGAAAACCAUUGAUGACAUCAAAAAAAUCUUCUGCUCCAAGAAGACAACAAUGUCAGAGUAUGUUACAAAACACUGGAUGGAAGAUGACUUUUAUGGAUUCCAGUUUCUCAAUGCAAUCAACCCCAAUGUGAUCAAGCGCUGCUCAGGACUUCCCCCAAACUUUCCGGUCACAGAAGAGAUGGUGAAGCCGUUCCUGGAAGAGGGAAGCUCUCUGCAGAAGGAAAUUGAGAAAGGCAAUAUAUUCCUCUGUGACUUCAAGAGGAUGGAUGGAUUGCCCACUAAGGUGUAUGAUGGUGAAUCUCUGCAAGUGACUGCUGGUCUCUGUUUGUUCUAUGUAAACCCAGAGAAAAAACUAAUGCCGAUUGCAAUACAGCUGCAACAACAACCUUCUGAGCAGAACCCAAUCUUUCUGCCCAGUGAUACGGAGACAGACUGGGUGCUAGCCAAGAUGUUUAUUAAAAACACGGAUAUCAUGCAGCAUCAGUCAGUCUAUCACCUCAUGAACACUCACCAGCUGGCAGGAGUCUUUACUGUGGCCACUCUCCGCAGCUUCCCUGCGAUUCACCCCCUCUACAAGCUGCUGAUCCCUCACGUCCGUUACACUCUCCAAAUAAAUACUAUGGCUCGCAAAUAUAUUUUUGGACCUGACGAGAUUUUAAGCAGAAGCUCACUUGGAUAUGAUGGGAUGAUUGCGCUCAUGAGAAAGGCUCUGUCUGAGAUGACCUACAGCUCUCUCUGCCUGCCAGAGAACAUCACUGCACGAGGACUGGAGUCUAUCCCCAACUUCUACUACAGAGAUGAUGGCCUGAAGCUGUGGAACAUCAUCAACAGCUUUGUGAGGGCAGUAGUGGAGUACUAUUAUCCCUCAGACAGUGAGGUCUGUAAAGACACUGAGCUGCAGGAGUGGAUCAGUGAGAUAUUCACACAUGGAUUCUUAGGAAACAAAGAUGCAGGGUUUCCAGCAGGCUUUAAUACUGUCGAGGAAGUGAUCAAGUUCAUCACCAUGGUGAUCUUCAAAGUGACAGGUCAACAUGCUGCAGUCAACAGUGGCCAGUUUGACUACUGCUCCUGGGUACCCAAUGGUUCGCUGUUGCUGCACAAACCUCCUCCAACCACCAAGGGGCAGUCAAGCAUGAAGACAAUUUUGGAGACUCUCCCAAAUGUUGGAGAGACGGUCAGUUUUGCAGCAAUGGUGUGGGUACUUUCAAAAAAGUACACUGAUACGGUUCCCAUGGGUACAUACCCCGAAGAGCGUUUCGAUGAGCCUGCUAUUAAGCAGAUGAUUAAGGAAUUUCAAGCAGAGUUGUCCUACCUCAGUGAAGCGAUUCAAGAAAGAAACUCACAGCUUGAAGUGCCCUACACCUAUCUGGACCCUGCUCAGAUAGAGAACAGUAUAGCCAUUUAACUAAACCUGAUAAGACAAUGUUAUAUUUCUGCAUUAUUGUUAUAUUUCUGCAUUAUUUGACGCAAACAAAGUGGAUCAAUGUAGUUAAUGAUAGAUUCUGCCAGAACUAAAAAACUCCAUGAGCAGAAAUGUGGUAUAACACUGAUAAACACUGGAGAUGCAUUAAAAAGGUAAAGACAGCAGAGAAGGACCCCAGAGCGCUUGUUCUAGAUUUCACUAUAGUUAAUUUUAAGUGCAUCAAAUCAGAGAAUAAAAUCAUGAACUAAAAUGAGAAAAUAAGUCUUGAGCUUGUGAAGGUUCAUGUCUUCCAUCAGAGAACCUGCAUGUCCUUCGAAUCUGGGAAGGAUGGGCACAAGGAGAGAUGAUUCUCCACUAUUUUGAAUUUGGACUGCAGUACCCCCUUUUAAUCUCUAGAUAUCAGUGUUACGCAUAAAGUUACAUAUUGUUCUUUUAAUCCUGAAUGAAACAAUUAAAUAUACUUUAAAUGAUAUUACAGUAAGUGAGAUGGUAGGGACAGUUAGUGAUUUGUUGCAUGGGGAAGAAUAAAAUGUUUGUAUCAUGUUAAAUGGGGCUAUAGUAGGUCACUAUUGUGUGAAUUCUGGGUACAUGAAAUAAACAAAGUCA